AUGGUCCGCUGCCGACCCAUACAACCUCUCCAGGAGAACGACUGGGGAAUUACUGGUGCACAACUUGAAAAAUACAUCAUAAAGGACAUCGAGAAUGGAUUGAUUCCAACCCAUUUCCACUGUACUCUUGGGACGUCAUCAAUUGCCGCUGAUGAUCACUUAGAAUCCAUUUGGCCGGUUGCUAAAAAGUAUGACAUGUGGAUCCAUUGUGAUGCCUCGUAUUCUGGAAACGCUUGGGUUGACAAGAAGUAUCGGGAGAACGCGUGA